CUACUUGUUCUCUUGGGUUCAAUUCAACUUUCAUCCUCCAACGAAGCAGCAAAGCAAAGCAAAGCGAAGCCGCCAAAAGAAGAACACAAACAGAGAAGAAGAAAAAGGCAAAUUUCGUGUUCUGUAAUUUUUGAGAAUGAAGGGGGAGUUAGAGUUGCCACCGGGUUUCAGAUUUCACCCUACAGAUGAUGAGUUAGUGAAUCAUUAUUUGUGUAGGAAAUGUUCAUCUCAGCCAAUUGCUGUGCCCAUUAUUGCUGAGAUUGAUCUCUACAAGUUUGAUCCAUGGAAGCUUCCAGAUAUGGCAUUAUACGGUGAAAAAGAGUGGUAUUUCUUUUCUCCAAGGGACCGCAAAUAUCCAAACGGAAGUCGGCCGAACAGGGCGGCUGGAAACGGAUAUUGGAAGGCAACCGGGGCGGACAAGCCCAUUGGGAAGCCCAAGCCACAGGCCGUCAAGAAGGCACUCGUUUUCUACGCUGGCAAAGCCCCACACGGUGUCAAAACCAAUUGGAUCAUGCAUGAAUACCGCCUUGCCAACGUUGAUCGCUCCGCUGGCAAGAAGACCAACUUGAGGCUUGAUGAUUGGGUCUUAUGUCGAAUAUACAACAAGAAAGGAAGCAUAGAGAAACAUUUCCCAAGUGAACAAAAAAGAUUAAAUCACCCAGAAAUGGAAGAUCAGAAACCAAACAUUUUAUUGAAUGGUCAAAAUAAGACGACAGCACUGUCUCAACAACAACAACCUUCAUCAAUGUACAUGAUGAGUGAUCUCUUAGAAACGGAUGCUUCAGAUUCUGUCCCAAGGUUGCAUGCAGACUCAAGUUCCUCGGAGCACGUGCUUUCCCCUGAAAUCACGUGCGAGAAAGAGGUCCAGAGUGAGCCCAAGUGGAAUGAGCUAAGCAAUGGCGUUGAUUUUCAGUUCAAUUACAUGGAUGGAUUCCAAGAUGACCUCUUUGCAAGUCAAUUUCAGUUCCAGAUGGACCAGCUUUCACCUUUGCAGGACAUGUUCAUGUUUCAACAGAAGCCAUUUUAAACAACACAGACCCUAAAACAAAAACAUGGUCCUUUUUGUGGGAUCCAAAACAUUUUUUUAUUUCAUGUUAAACACACUUGCAAGUGACAUUUUAAGUCUUAGGAAUCAAACAAAACAACUUGUCAAAUUCAAUUGGUGGGGGGCUAACAAGUGCUAGAGCAGAGCACAGCAUAGCCUUGACCAAAGAGAUUUUAGCAUAAAAUUGGGAGGUAAAAUGUUGACGGAUUGGGUUCAUAUUCUGGACUGGUUGGGUGAUCAAUGGCACCUCUAAAGUUUCCCUCAAGUGGAUGGUUAAUGAGAUUUUAGGAAAUUCUUGCAUCUGUAAGAUUGAUUUGUAGAAGAACUUUUGGUAAAAAAAAAAUUAUGAAUAUAUGAAAUACUAUAUUGCUAUUUAAGAA